AUGGCGACUGUCACUGCUGAACGGACAGAUACAGCUGAGACUGUGACAUAUCCUCCUCAAACAGGCAUCUUUAAACAUAUCUCCAAAGCGAUACCUUAUUUUCGCAAUCCUAGACAUGUCUUGAUUCUCAAGCUUGACUGUCUUCUUCUGACAUGGACUUUCAUCGCUGGUAUCAUGAAGGAGAUGGAUCAGUCGGCAACGACACAGGCUUACGUUUCAGGAAUGCGAGAAGCUUUGGGUCUGUACGGCAAUGAGUUGGUCUUUUUCAACACCUACUUCUCUAUCGGAUAUGCUAUUGGACUUGUUCCUGGACAAUUGGCUCAGACGAGGGUCCGUCCAUCUCUGUUUCUACCAACUUGUGAGAUUAUUUGGGGUCUCUUCGUCAUCGUCACCUGCAAAGCCCAAAACGCAACAACCGUCUACGCCCUCCGCUUCUUCCUCGGCCUCUUCUCAGCCGUCUUCUGGCCCAGCGUCGUCUCCCUCAUCUUCAACUGGUACACCCCCAAAGAACUCGCCUUCCGAAUCGCCUGCUUCAACGUCUCCGACGUCGCGGGAGCCAUGUUUCUCGGUGCCCUCCAAGCCGCUCUGUACCGUAACCUAAACGGUGCUCACGGAAUCGCCGGCUGGCAGUGGCUGUUUAUCGUUUCAGGCGUCAUCACCAUCGCCCAGGGAAUUGUUGGCUUCUUCAUCAUUCCUGAUACCCCCGCGUACACGCGUGCCAAGUGGUUGACGGAGGAUGAGAAGAAGUUAUCUCGUGAACGAAUGGCGGGUUUUGGCGCAAAUACGUCGAAGCUUAUCCCUCCAGCUGUUCUGAAGCAGAAGCUGCGCAAGUUGAUCGUUCAUCCUGUGACGUACUUCUUCCUCGUUGCUUUUGCUCUGAGUGCUUGGGCACAUCGCGCAACUUCCUACUUUGUCCUUUACAUCGAGAGUCUCAAAGACGAAGCUGGUAAUCGUAUGUACAGCACAUACCAGGUCAACGUCCUUCCUCUGGGAGGUUAUGCUCUGCAGAUUGUUUCCAAUCUUAUCCUGAACGGCUUGUCCGAUUGGAAACAUUGGAGAUGGCAGAUCAGUACUGGAUCUACGUUCUCGUUUGGUGUCUUGCUUUGCGUUCUUUGUGCUUGGCCUUCAGAUCAAAAGGUCGUUAUGGCAUUCUACUUCAUGACCUAUGCCGCCAACGCUGGCGCUCCAUCGCUGAUGGCGUGGUUUGCAGAACUUUUGCGAAAAGAGCCUGAAGCGAGAGCAAUUAUCGUUGCGAUCACAGUUAUGAUUGUGUAUAUCGGCCAUGCAACGAUUCCACUUCGUGCUUUCAGAGUUGCCGACGCACCACAGUAUCCUAUUGGAUUUCCACUGGCUACAGCGAUGUCUUUCGCCUCGGUUUUUGUCCAGCUUGGUCUGCUAUGGUGGGCACGUAGAAACCCCCAGCUUGUCAAGGGUGGUUAUGAGGGGACUACGAUCGACUCGAGAGUGUCUGAUGAGGAAAGCUCUGGAAGCAUUGGCGAUGGAGCAAGUGACCGAGAGGGAGGACAUGGAGAGAAGACUGCAGAUCCAGUGGUUUCUAAGGUCAACCAGUAG